AUGGGCAUUUAAUGUACUACUAGUGUAAAAUCCAUAUAUGUCAAUUGAAAGCCAAUGGGAUUAGUGGGUUGACUCCAAGGGAGAAGAAAGAUGAGGCAACCAUUAUUCUCUUUGAAAUUCGCCUUCUUCUUCUCCCUUUCAUUCGCCGCUUCAUACACUUCCACUUGCACUUCCUAUCGCAAACUCAAACUACCCGUACCCAAGGCCUCAUGCUCCGAUUUGCUUGCUCUGUUGGGCCCACCUCAACAAGCCUCAUCUGUAAACUCUCAAGAGGCGCGCCAACUCCAAUCUUGCUUCAAAUUCCUCGUCCCUUUUUCUCCGGCUUCAAAUAGACGAUCGUUGAGUAAUGGAAGAAGGAGUAUAAGUGAAGAGAAUGAGCUUAUUUGGUGGCCCCCGGCCCCGGUGAUGGAGCUGGCUCGGCUUGCCGUUGAUUCUGGUGGUGAUACUGCCUCUAUUCAAAGGACUCUUGAUCCAACUGUCAUACCUGUUCCUGACAUUGAAGGAUCAAAGGAAGACAGAUGUGAACUUACUAGAACUCCUUAUGGGAGACUUUUUAUUAAUGAGGAGAUAAAUUCAUACCUUGAACUUUUGUUUGAAAUGAUUGUUGCUCGGGGACCCAGUGUAGGGCUGAAUGUAUCAUUGUCGCGCUUUGACUUCUUUCAUGGUCAUGUCUUUCUUGCGAGAGACUCUGGAAGGCUUGGGAUUUUGUUCCAUGCUAAGGAGUAUCCAGCAUAUGAUAAGGAAGUCUUCCCUUGCAACAUGGGCUACUGCCAAAUAGGAUCUAAUGUCUCUUAUGAUGAUUCAAUGAAUUUGCGAAACAUAUUGUGGCUAGCUCCAUUAGCUAGCAACUCCACAAAAGAAUGGUUAGCACCAGUUAGCAAGGAUAUUGAUCCAGAAGCAGAUUCAGUCCUGACUCGCGUGCUGCAGGCUGUGGCCGUUCCUAUGCUUGGAAAUGUUUGUCAUGUGUUUAUGCAUGGCCUCAAUCGUGUUCAGAUAUAUGGUGCAGAAAAAUUACAUGAGGCGCUGGCAAAUCGAAUGGAAAACAAACCUCUUAUUACAGUGAGCAAUCAUGUUGCUGCUAUGGAUGACCCACUAGUUAUUGCUGCAUUACUUCCUCCCAGUGUUAUGUUGGAUGCGCAAAAUUUGAGAUGGACACUUUGUGCAACUGAUCGAUGUUUCCGCAAUCCAGUGACAUCUGCCUUCUUCAAACAUGUCAAAGUUCUUCCAGUGUCUCGUGGGGAUGGUAUUUAUCAGAAGGGGAUGGACAUGGCUAUUUCAAAAUUGAACCGUGGUGGAUGGGUACACAUAUUUCCAGAAGGUAGUCGCUCUCGAGAUGGUGGCAAAACAAUGGGUUCUAUGAAAAGAGGCAUCGGAAGAUUGGUCCUGGAUGCUGACAAUGUGCCAAUAGUCGUCCCGUUUGUGCAUACUGGAAUGCAGGACAUCAUGCCUGUAGGAGCCAAGCUUCCCAGGAUUGGAAAAAUGGUGACCGUUCUUGUUGGUGAUCCGAUCGAGUUUGAUGACUUGCUUGCUGCGGGAGAGAAGGAUAACAUGUCAAGAGGAAAAUUAUAUGAUGCCGUAUCAACUAGAAUUGGUGACCGAUUACAGAUGCUUAAGGCCCAGGUUGACAGACUAGCUGUCCAGGAAGCACAAUCACAACACUACCAUGACCGUGUUGGUGAACGAGCUGCUGGGAUCGUGCAGCAUGUUGACUGGGAAGCUCUCGGCAUGGACAAUUACAUGAGCAUUGAGGAGGAUCAUGUCCCUCCUCCAAUGCAAGAACCUAGUACUGAGCAGCAGGUGGAAGAAAAUAAUCAGGAUAGGUACUUUAGGUUGGGCUUCUCUGGGGAAAGUGGAAUUGUGUCGAGGAUCAGAGGUUACAUGGGUUCUACAGAAUUAAUGCUAUUUUCCGCUAGAUGUUUAGUUACUAAUAGUAGGGUAAAAGAAAAUUUUGAGGACAUUCAAGAGAUUGCUCCAUUGAAGGCUUGGAACAGCCUUUGGAUGCCGUUGUAUGAGAGUCAGGUUUGUAACCGGGAGAUGUUAAUUUAAUUGAAGAGUUAAAUUGGUUUUGGUCUAA